UGUCGGGUUAGGAUGCCGCCCUCGGCCAUGGGCUGCACGAGUCCGCUCCUCAAGCAGCAGCAGGACUCCGGCCCCGCGCCCGCACAGGAGGCGCCGGCCGACAAGAAGAACCCCGACCCGGCGCGCCGCAUCAAGUGCGUGCUCGUGGGUGACGGCGCCGUCGGCAAGACCUCGCUCGUCGUCAGCUACUCGACCAACGGCUUCCCCAGCGAGUACGUGCCCACCGCGUUCGACAACUACAACGUUCUGGUGCGAGUGGAUGGACGGCCGUACAGCGUGCAACUGUGCGACACUGCCGGACAGGACGCGCUGGACCCGCUGCGGGCGCUGUGCUACCCAGACGCGGACGUCUUCCUGGUGGUGUUCAGCGUGGUGGCGCCGGCGACGCUGCGCUCCGUGGAGCGGCGCUGGGCUCCCGAGGUGCGCCGCCACUGCCCGGACGCGCCGCUGGUGCUGGUCGGCGCCCAGGCGGACCGGCGUCGCGACGCCCGCCUGCUGGCCACACUCGCCGCCGCGGGCCAGGCCCCCGUCUCCGCCGCCCGCGCCGCCCAGGCGGCGCGGACAAUCGGUGCGGCCUCGUACGUGGAGACUUCGGCGCUGACGCAGCGGGACCUGAAGGAGGCGUUCGACCAGGCAAUCGUGUGUGCGCUGCGGCGGCGAGGACUACUGAGGCCGGCCACGCCCCCGAAGCCCCGCCAGCGGCCGCUCUGGAGGCGGCUCUGCUGCUGCACCAGGGGCGGAGGCGGCGCUGGGGGCGGCAGCGGCAGUGGCGAGAGCGCGGGUGCUGGAGGCGGGGGCGACGCCGGGGGCGGGGGCGGCGAGUAGCGGCCGGCGGAUGCCGCCAGCCUGUCUGCCGGGCAAAGACUCGAUCCGAUUGUGGGAACUGUCGCCGCAGAUGACACACCCGCGGCUACGGCGGACUGAUACGUUUACCGGCCGUAUUGAGCAGCAUCUUGUUAUGGUCACGCAGGUUCUUACGGAACUGAGGCUUAGCAUCAGAACAGUAGAGCAAAUCAUCGUGAAGGAAAAUGGUUUAGUCGUAAAUGAAAAAUAAUUUACAAAUAACAGUUGAAUGUUGUUGACUACACCGCAGUGCUCGCUAUCUGUGAAUCUUACGCACGUAUGUUUAUAUACAUUUUUAUGGUCCACAUCACAUGAACAGCAGUUUAUUUAUGGAGGGCAACGUACUGUAGUUGAUAUGAAGUUGUACACAAUUUCUGAGGAUGGUCUGAGGGUUCCUCUUCGAUGUAAGCACUGGCUGAAUAUUACGAAAAAGAUCAGCGAAUUUUUAAAUUUUUUCCUGAUAAAUAUUUAAAAUACCAAACGGAAUAAUAGUGAAUUUUAUUCAAAACUCAGUAUUACACAAUAAACAGUUCACAGUAACAAUUAAAUUAAUUAAAACCUUCACCAUAAAGAAUAUAUUUUCUUUAAAAAGUGAAAUAAAACUGUUCUUAGUUUUAAGAUUGGUUUCAGUGACACUGCACUUUAGAAGGCAUGGUCCUGUUGGAUGUAGGAUGCCCUUUUCCUUCUCAAAGCUGAGAACUGGUGCACUCAGCCAGAACAAUGUUCCAAAUAGCAGUGUCGGAGGAGGAAUGGGAAAGACCUACCACUUCUUUUCUUCUGAUUGGAUUGAUAUAGUCUAUCACGAACUCCUCUGCCAUUCUGGCCUCUUCAUCUCAGAGUAAUGAUUGCAUCGAAAGUCCUUAAUUACUUUUUGGUAUAUUCCUAUCUCUGUUCUUCUCUUAGUUUCCUCUGCAGCUACCUUUAGUGUUGUUCAGUGUCAGUAAAUUCCUAGUUACAGUUGGGAAUUAAACGCUGGAUUUUUUAAUUUUUAGUAUGUCACUUAAUCAGGACAGUCACCAAACACAUAGUGAUCUUUGAACCGAAAACUUAAAAAAAAAAGCAUGAAACGGCGAUUCUUU